GAUUAUUAUUACGCACUGUUAUCGAAUCCUUUAUAAGAUCUGAUAGUUUGAUAUUUCUCGGGUAAUUGGAAAACUACUGCAUAUACAUCGGCUAAUGUUAAUUUAUCAGCUGCAUUGUGAUAUAAUUUAUGUUAAGGAGUUGCAUAUGCACAUCCAUUGAUGAUUCAUCCACUAUACUUAAUAACUGUAAUAAUGCAUGUAACACGUACAAUGACUCAUUUGCAUAUACUCUGUCGGUGAAAAAUGAUUAAAAUGUUUAUAUCCAUAUUUAGUUCAAUCAGUUUAAGUUAGGUUAGGUUAAUUAAGUGGAGACCCCUGAAGAAUAAAUAUCAAAAUGACCGUCUUUGUUUACUGAGGACAAACACAUAAUUUAUCUGACAAAUAAUAAUAUUGGUUUGAAAAAUGUCUGAUGAUUUAUUAGCUAAGGAAAAGGAGUUUCGCAGAUUGAAUCGUGAGCUGCAAUUAAAGACACGUGAUGUAAUGAAAGAAGUCGAUUCCAUCAUACAUGCUUGUGCUAGCAAUAAUUUGUUUAGCAAUACAAAUCAAUCACACUUAGAUCUCGUGACGAAAGAUGUAAAGGUGACAGAGGAUGUAACGUCGAAAUUAGACAAACAUGGAAAAACAUCAUUAAUGAAGACUCCUGAAACUUCGUCAAUAGAAAAUCUCACUAAUGUACAGAAUUUAUCAAAAAAGGAUAAUAAUUUAGGAAACAGAGCUGUUGUUAAUUUACUCAAAGGCAAAAUAGAUAUGCUAUAUAAAGAAUUACAAGCAAUGCAAUUUGAAUAUAAUAAGAAGUGUGAUUACUCUAAAGAAUUAGAAGCGGAAAAUAAGAAACUUGAGGAUGCUCAAGUUAAAUUGUACAAUCAGAUAGCAACGUUAAAAGAUACAAUUACAAAGUUGGAAAAUAUAAAAUCUGACGCACUGUCAAGCUGCCAAACUUUGAACAAUGAGAAUGUUGUCUUGAAGAAGGAUUUAGAAGAUCUUAGAAAGGAGGUAAAAACUUUGAAUCAACAAUCAAUUAAUUAUGAUGUGAGAUUAAACAGAUCUUUGGAAACCAAUGAAAAACUUAGAACUGCAUUAAAAUGUAAUCAGAUAGAAGAGAAGGAAUUAAGAAAUCAAAUUAGGAAAUUACAAGAAGACAAGAGACUAGCCGUAAAAACUUUGGAAAAGCAGCGAUCUGAACUAGUGCAAGCAUUUAAGAAGCAAAUGUUGCUUAUAGAUAAUUUAAAGAAACAAAAUAUGUAUCUAACGGGCAAUGGACAAAUUUGCUUAAUGGAAGAAGACUUUGCAAAGUUAUUGGAAUGGAAACCUCAGCAACUCUGAUAUAUUGUAUAUAAAACAUUUAUUGAGAGAAUGACUGCUAUACAUUAGAAUUUAUGUGUAUCUCACACAUCACAUAUCAAAAUCAAGUGUUAUUGGACUGAGAUAUUUCGUACUUUUUCAAUAAAGACUUAUAUUUGUGAUUCAUGAAAUACUAUUAUUUUCCACUCAUGAUUUUGCAAACGUUUCUGUUUCACUUUGUGAACAUAGAAAUUUAUCGAUUUUAUACAAAACAGCGAGUGUAUCUGCUUUAAACACAUGAUAAGAGGAAGGUUUUUUUUCAACGUAGUAGUUGCAAAAGAAUUAUUGGCAGUCGCUAUGGAAAUCAUAUAUUUCACGGAUACGUUUGACGCGAUAAUUAUUUUCUAUAUCCGGGAAUUACAACAAUCAGUAAAAAAGUAUAUAACAAUAAAAGCAUCGGUAAAAAAAAAAAAGAAACUUGAUUUCCAUUGUGACUGUACCAAGUAUCAAGUCUCUUUGCCUUUCACAAUUUCAAAUAUUUCGUUCGGUUUAUUUACAUAACUUCUGUUUUGUGCAAAGAAUAAUAACUGACAUUAACAGACUUCGAGUAUACAAAAAUUCGAAGCAUCAAGAUUUUACAGUGUGUCAACGCGAGUAUAAAUAAUUAUUUGCCCUUAUAAUCGUGGCGCGCGAAAAAAGUGUCCUGCGAAAAGUUACACGAAAUACGGCGUCUUUUUUUUUUAGAAACAUUAAUGACAUCUUGCUGAAUGCUACAUGAAUGUUAGUGUCUGUGUUAAUGGAGAAUUCUAAAGCCUCCCCUUAGCCUAGAUGAUGUGAUGCAUACCGUAAUAGUACACGUCUAAACUUACAAAAAAAAAGCGAUCAAACAUAUUUUCGCAAACAAUUCGUCGAAAAUUGCUCGUUUACAUAGAGAUAUUAAAUAAUAGUGAAUAUCACAAGUAUAUGGAUAAAGACCGUGUAGUGCAGUCUGUAUCCCUCUGCACAACCUAGCUUGAAUAACAUUACAUUAAUGAUUUCGCAAUUCGAGAAAUUCGCAGUUACACUUUAUUUAAUAAAAUACAUUAAGUUAAUGUUUCUGUAGCUAAAUAUGUGUGUAGAUGUUGUUACUCGCCCUGCGGACAAGCGUGUUAAUGCAAUUUAAUUACAAUAGUUCUCAAU